UUUUCUUUUCUUUUAUCUCUUUCAUGCUCUAGCCAAACGGAGCCUUAAGCAGGGUGGCUAGUGCGCGCCAUAGAUAACUGAAUUUUCAAUUUCCCCAAUCUUAAAAAACGGUUGGAGAAUAGCGCAGCCCUUUUUCUUAGGGAUUUCAAAUUCCGCGCCAACAUGGAAUCAGAAGGGCAAAAAAGCGGCUCUAAUCCAGCGGCUAUGCUCGCUUCUUUAAUGGGCAAGCGAGAGAAGCUUUGGGAAGAGCUCCGUAACAUUGAGAAACAGGUGUUCGAGUUGGAGACAAGUUAUUUACAAGAAUCAGGUCAUUUUGGACAUGUGCUCAAGGGUUUUGAAGGAUUUCUUUCUUCAUCGAAAAGCACCACCAAUUUAAAAAGGUCCAGGAAGUUCCAGCCAGAAGAUAGGCUUUUCUCGUUGUCGUCAGUUACCUCACCAACGGCGGAAGAACUUGGACUUGUACGUGACGAUGGAAGAUCUGAUUUAGGUCCUGGAAGGUCUAAGGCUGGAAAUGCACCUGCUAAUGGGCAAGGGAAACCAAAGAAGGGAAGAACAUCAACAGGAGCAAGAGACGUGAAGAAAAUCAGGGCAUCAAGUGAAGCAGAAUUUGAAGAAGAAGAUGAUCUUGAUAUGAGAUAACCACCUCAUAUAGACUUGUAAUAACUCUGGGCUGCAUGAUGUAGUGGGGUUCUUGCCAAUCCUUUAGGAUGCCUGAAUUAUGUAGUGUGCCUUGCUGUACCAUUAAUUAAGUUAUUUUAUGCUCUAGUUUUGUUAGAGGUUGUAAUUAUAGCUCUUUUCUUUGUGUCAGCGCCCAUUCCUGGUAAACCUGUAACUAUACUUUGUAAGGUAAUUUGUAAACAUUGGCAGAAAAUACUAGAACUACGAACUCAGGAAUAAGCUGUUAUUUGA